AUGCAUCAUUUUCUUGUUGGAUACUUUGUUCUUUCUCUUGGUACCCUGAUUUCAUUGGUCCAUUCCAAGACAGAUUCCCCGGAUGUUACUGCCCUUAAUGUGAUGUUUAAAAGCCUAAAUACUCCAUCACAAUUAAGUGGUUGGAGAGAAAGUGGUGGUGACCCUUGUGGCGAUUCUUGGGAAGGGAUCAAAUGCUCCGGCUCAUCUGUAACUGAAGUAAAUUUGCCUGACUAUGGACUCAGUGGACAAUUGGGUUACCAGCUUUCAAGCUUGACUUCAGUCAUUACCUUUGAUUUGAGCAAGAACAACCUCAAUGGUGAUAUUCCAUAUCAACUACCUCCCAAUGCUGUACACGUAGACCUUUCUGAAAAUAAUUUUAAUGGUAAUGUGCCUUACUCGAUAUCUCAGAUGACCAGCCUCCAAGACAUAAAUCUUAGUCAUAAUCAACUCAAGGGACAGUUGAGCGAUAUGUUCGCAAAAGUUCAAAAACUUGAAUCAUUUGAUGUAUCCUUCAACCAACUGUCUGGCAAGCUGCCGAGUUCUUUUGCAAAUCUUACAAGUCUAAACACUUUACAUCUGCAGAAUAACCAAUUCACCGGUACGCUAAAUGUCCUUGCCGACCUUCCCCUAAAUGAUCUGAAUGUUGAAAAUAACAAAUUUACCGGAUGGAUUCCUAAUGAGUUGAAGGACAUUGACAACCUACGAACUGGAGGAAAUUCUUGGUCAACUGGGCCGGCUCCCCCUCCACCACCUGGUGUACACCACCGUCAUCCCAAUGGAGAAGAGGAGCAAAGUCAUGGUGGGCAGAAAUCAUCCGUUGUGAAUGCAGCAAUUAUAGCUUUGUCCUGUUUAGGUGCACUUCUGGUGGUCGCUCUUCUUAUUGCUGUAUUCUCAAGAAGAAGGUCACCUCCCCCAUCCUCUUAUUUUCUUGAUGAAGAGAGGAUCAGUGGGCGUAAAGGAUUUACUCCCCUUCAAUCACAAGAGUUAUUCACUGAAUCAUAUGUUGGCAUCUUAAAAGACCCCAAAGAUUUUAAGUCAAUUGAUUCAGGUGUUGCAAUAGAUAUAAAGUCCUUGCAAAAAUCUCCGUCAAUGGGUCUUAAGCAUUCAGUUUCAGGUCGUGUGUCCUUCAGUGAAAAUGAGUUUGCAAACCGCCUAAAAGGCAGAAGAAGCACCUCUGUUCAUGUUAUACCGUAUUCUUUGGCAGAUUUACAGAAUGCUACAGGAAAUUUUGCAUCGAGUCGCCUUUUGGGUGAGGGUACCAUUGGACGUGUUUAUAAGGCAAAAUAUCCAGAUGGAAAGGUUUUAGCAGUGAAAAAGAUAGAUUCUUCACUUUUUCAAGGCGAAAGGCUGGAGGGAUUUUCAGAAAUUGUUACAAACAUCUCAAAGCUUCACCAUCCUAACAUUGCUGAACUUGUUGGCUAUUGUUCAGAACAAGGGCAUAACAUGUUAGUUUAUGACUAUUUCAGGAAUGGCUCACUUCAUGAGUUUCUACACGUGUCAGAUGAUUUCAGCAAACCCCUAACUUGGAAUACCAGAGUCAGAAUUGCUUUAGGUGCAGCCAGGGCUGUUGAGUAUCUCCAUGACAUUUGUUCUCCACCUAUAGUUCAUAAGAACAUCAAGUCAUCCAAUAUUUUGCUUGAUCUUGAACUCAAUCCUCAUCUAUCUGACUAUGGUAUGGCAAACUUUUAUCAGCGUACAAGCCAAAACCUUGGAAUGGGAUACAAUGCUCCAGAAUGUACAAGUCCUUCAGCCUAUACACUAAAAAGUGAUGUUUACAGUUUUGGAGUUGUUAUGUUAGAACUAUUGACUGGUCGGAUGCCUCUGGACUGUAAAAGACCAAAAUCAGAACAAUGCUUAGUCAAAUGGGCCAGUCCUCAGCUUCAUGACAUUGAUGCACUGACAAGAAUGGUUGAUCCUGCCUUGAGGGGACUAUAUCCUCUCAAAGCACUCCCUCCAUUUGCUGAUAUUAUUGCCCUCUGUGUACAGUCGGACCCUAAGCUUCGGCCUCCGAUGUCUGAGGUGGUGCAGGCAUUGGUACGAUUAGUUCAACAAUCUAGCAUAAACAUGAGAGAUGAUCUUUCAACUUCUCGCCGGACAGAGGACUCUGACUACUAA